AUGUUUUUGAGUUACCUUCAAGAAGGGUGGUGCCAGUACUUUGGAAAUCCACAAGCCAUCCGGCUCGAUCCAGCCGGAGCUUUCCGCAGCAAUGAAGUAGAACGUUUUUGUGACUUGCAUGGCAUGUACCUGGAUUUUAUACCUGGAGAGGCACACUGGAAAUUGGGAACAUGCGAGCAAGCAAUACAAGGUGUCAAGAACCUUAUGUCCAAGCUCAUCCAGGAGCAACCACAACUAUCGGCAGAAGUGGUCCUCAGCCAAGCUGUCAAGACUUUUAACAGUCGUGACCUGGUCAGAGGGUUCUCACCUAUACAACAUGCAUUGGGCCGAGCACCUGAUGAAAUGGGACGUUGCAUACAGACCCUCACUGGACAGUCUGUGGAACAACUGGUUCCUCAAGCCGGCCCUGAAUUUGAGACCAGCAUAGAACUGAUGCGAAUAGCCGAACAGGCCCACAGUGAGUGGACAGCACAACAGAGGAUCAACAAAGCUCUGAACUCACGUGGCAACCGGCAGUAUCAAUAUCACCCUGGUGAUUUGGUAUACUACUGGAGAAAGCAGGUCUCAGGGCAGAAAUCUACGUCAGCACAGCAGAAACAAGGAUGUUUUCUAGGUCCAGCACGAAUCUUGGCAACUGAGACCAAGCGGGAGGCUGACGGAAGCCUACGCCCUGGAAGCUCUGUUUGGGUAAUCCGGGGAAGACGGCUUGUCAAAUGCUGUCCAGAACAGUUGCGGCCAGCAACACAGCGAGAGGAGUUACUGGAACACAUCACCCAGGAUGAACAGCAACAGGCACCAUGGACUUUUUCAAGAUUGACACAAGGUUUGGGUGGCAACGAGUUUGAAGAUAUCACACAUGAGCUUCCAGACCAACAAGAGUGGGAGGAAGCGCAAGACUCCCCCAUGCCGCCAGCAGGCCCACCGGAAACCCCCAGACACCGAGUCUGGGGUAAACGCCUGGGGGAGGGUCCAGAAAGACAGCUGCCUGAUGGGACAAUGUAUCAACCGGCCACCCGUCAACGAACUGGUGAACCAGAACUGGCCGAUGGAUUGAUCACACAAGAAUGUUGGUAUAGCAAAACCACUGAACACAGUCGCCAAGAAGCACAUGGAACUGAGUUCUGGGAACAACCAAAUACCGCCAUCGAGAUCGAGAUUCAGAAUCCAGACUCGAAGCGACAGUGGUCCAGUUUUGUGAAUGAUUUUUCAGGCUAUUUUGUGGGUGCUUUGAAACGGCGAGCCAUAGAGGUCAAUGAGAAGAAACUGUCAGUGGAAGAUCAACGGAAGUUUGCAGAAGCCAAACAGAUUGAGGUGAAAAACUAUGUGGCCGCCAAGGCAUUUGAAGCCUUACCACCAGACCGCCGACCACCACCUGAGGUCGCAAUCAAAAUGCGUUGGCUUUUGACAUGGAAGCGCUGCGAUGAUGGUUCUUCCAAAGCAAAGGCACGGGCCAUCUUACUGGGCUAUCAAGAUCCUUCCUACGAAGAGCGCGAAACCACAUCACCAGUCAUGACAAGACAGACCCGACAAUUUGUUUUGACAGCUGCAGCUCGUUUUGGAUGGUUGGUACAAAAAGGGGAUGUCACUGGAGCUUUUCUUCAAGGACGAAAAUAUCCUCAGGAACUGUACUGCAUACCGGUUGACGAGAUUUGCCACGCAAUGGGUCUUGAUGCAGGAAGCAUCACUAGAGUAGAAGUGCAACCUGAUGGUUCAUAUCACUUGAGCCAGCCCGAAUACGUGGAGAAGAUCCCUGAGAUCUAUUUGAAUGCCAGCCGGAAGAAAGAGCACGAUCAACCAACCACGGACCGAGAGAAGACAAUGCUUCGUGCCACGCUGGGAGCUUUGAGUUGGUUUGCGCAACAAACAGCUCUGAAGGACGAAGUUCGACGAGCUUUGCACAAGGAGGACUUUAGUCUAAAUAAGUACUACAAGACCAGCGGCUGGGUUCAAGCCAUCGCGCGCUCCUACAUCUUUGAGAUUUUCACACUGAUUCUCAUUGGCGUCAACUGCCUUUGGAUGUCGAUUGAUGCGGAUCUCAACAAAGCCACGUUGCUGCCAAACGCAGAUCCCCUCUUUCAGGUGGCCGAGAAUCUCUUCUGCUUCGGCUUUACGUUUGAGCUCGGGAUACGAUUUUUUGCCUUGAAGAGAAAGAAGUGCCGGGCUUAG